AUGAAUGGAGACAAUCAUGCACCUGCUGAACGUCCAGCUACAAUAGAGGAACAAGAAAGACGAAUCGAAUUUCGAAUGAUGUAUCCAAAACUUUGCCUGAUAGCACUUGAUAAGGUGAAAGAGGAAUCGUUCAACAAAGUUAAGAAUUAUAGGCGCUAUGUGCAAAGCUUGAAUCUAGUUAAAAGUAUUUUACAGCAUCUUCAAAAGCAACGAUCAACUGGCGGUAAAGUACAAUUUGGAACAAAUUGGUAA